AAAGCUGGGCUGCGCUGACGUCACUGGGCGCGCAAUUCGGGAUCCAGCGCUUUAAAAAACGAGCGUGCGAGCGGAGAUGCUGCUGCACACAGCUCAGACCGCCUGCAGCAGCAACGCGCACCGCUACUGCCGCGACUGCAUCAAGGGCUGCUCCAGGGGCCAGCGUGGCUGCAACGUGCUCCGCGAUCCCCGCGGAACUUCUCCUCUGCGCUCCCGGCGGGGGGCAGGAGCGCGGCGCCCAGUGUUACAGACGCCCGCAGAGCUUCAGAAGCCGGAGGAGCGCCGCCUGGCGCGCCACAGUCCACAACAGUCCCGGCGUUGCCCUCGGCUGGCGUCUGGCUCGCGGAUCCCUGCCUUGGGCACCAUGGACACCUCCCGCGUCGGCGUGCUCCUGUCCUUGCCUGUGCUGCUGCAGCUAGCGGCUGGAGGCGGCUCGCCCAAGCCCGGUGCGCUACCGCGGGGCUGUCCCACACACUGUCACUGCGAGCCCGACGGCAGAAUGUUGCUCAGGGUGGACUGCUCGGACCUGGGACUCUCGGAGCUGCCCUCCAACAUCAGCGUCUUCACCUCCUACCUAGACCUCAGUAUGAACAACAUCAGCCGACUGCCCCCGGGUCCCCUGCACAGCCUCCGCUUCCUAGAGGAGCUACGUCUUGCCGGAAACGCUCUGACAUACAUUCCCAAGGGAGCAUUCGCUGGCCUUUACAGUCUUAAAGUUCUUAUGCUGCAGAACAAUCAGCUAAGACAGGUGCCCACGGAAGCUCUGCAGAAUUUGCGAAGCCUCCAAUCCCUGCGUCUAGAUGCCAACCACAUCAGCUAUGUGCCACCCAGCUGUUUCAGUGGCCUGCAUUCCCUGAGGCACCUGUGGCUAGAUGACAAUGCCCUGACAGAAAUCCCUGUCCAGGCUUUCAGAAGUUUAUCAGCAUUGCAAGCCAUGACCUUGGCCCUGAACAAAAUACACCACAUACCAGACUAUGCCUUUGGAAACCUCUCCAGCUUGGUAGUUCUGCAUCUCCAUAACAAUAGAAUCCACUCCCUGGGAAAGAAAUGCUUUGAUGGGCUCCACAGCCUAGAGACUUUAGAUUUAAAUUACAAUAACCUUGAUGAAUUCCCCACUGCAAUCAGGACCCUCUCCAACCUUAAAGAACUAGGAUUUCAUAGCAACAAUAUCAGGUCAAUACCUGAGAAGGCAUUUGUAGGCAACCCUUCUCUUAUUACAAUACAUUUCUAUGACAACCCCAUCCAAUUUGUUGGGAGAUCUGCUUUUCAACAUUUGCCUGAACUAAGAACACUGACUUUGAAUGGUGCCUCACAAAUAACUGAAUUUCCUGAUUUAACUGGAACUGCCAACCUGGAAAGUCUGACUUUAACUGGAGCACAGAUCUCAUCUCUUCCUCAAACCGUCUGUGAUCAGUUACCUAAUCUCCAAGUGCUAGAUCUGUCUUACAACCUGUUAGAAGAUCUACCCAGUUUUUCAGUCUGCCAAAAGCUUCAGAAAAUUGACUUCCGACAUAAUGAAAUCUAUGAAAUUAAAGUCAACACUUUUCAGCAAUUGCCUGGCCUCCGAUCUCUGAAUUUAGCUUGGAAUAAAAUUGCCAUUAUUCACCCCGAUGCAUUUUCUACUUUGCCAUCACUAAUAAAGCUGGACCUAUCGUCCAACCUCCUGUCGUCUUUUCCUGUAACUGGGUUACAUGGUUUAACUCACUUAAAAUUAACAGGAAAUCAUGCCUUACAGACCUUGAUAUCAUCUGAAAACUUUCCAGAACUCAAGAUUAUAGAAAUGCCUUAUGCUUACCAGUGCUGUGAAUUUGGAGUGUGUGAGAACAUCUAUAAAAUUCCUAAUCAGUGGAAUAAAGGUGACAACAGCAGUGUGGAUGACCUUCAUAAGAAAGACGCUGGGAUGGUUCUGGUUCAAGAUGAGCGUGACCUGGAAGAUUUCCUGCUGGACUUUGAGGAAGACCUGAAAGCCCUUCAUUCAGUGCAGUGUUCACCUUCUCCAGCCUUUUUCUUCCUUGAACUUUCAGGCCCUUUCAAGCCCUGUGAACACCUGUUCGGUAGCUGGCUGAUCAGAAUCGGAGUGUGGAUCAUAGUAGUUCUGGCGAUUUCUUGCAACACCUUGGUGAUUUCAACAGUGUUCAGAUCCCCUCUGUACAUUUCCUCCAUAAAACUGUUGAUUGGGGUCAUUGCAGUGAUGAACAUGCUCAUGGGUGUCUCCAGCACUGUGCUGGCUGCCAUAGAUGCAUUCACUUUUGGCAGCUUUGCGCAGCACGGUGCAUGGUGGGAGAAUGGGGUCGGUUGCCAAAUAAUUGGGUUUUUGUCCAUUUUUGCUUCGGAAUCAUCUGUUUUCCUGCUUACUCUGGCAGCCCUGGAGCGUGGGUUUUCUGUGAAGUGUUCUGCAAGAUUUGAAAUGAAAACUCCUUUUUCUAGCCUGAAAGCAAUUAUUUUGCUCUGUGCCCUGCUGGCCCUGACCAUCGCCACAGUUCCUCUGCUGGGUGGCAGUGAGUACAGUGCCUCCCCUCUCUGCCUGCCCCUUCCCUUUGGGGAACCCAGCACCACUGGCUACAUGGUGGCUCUUGUCUUGCUCAACUCCCUUUGCUUCCUCAUAAUGACCAUUGCCUACACCAAGCUCUACUGCAACUUGGAGAAGGGAGACCUGGAGAAUAUCUGGGACUGUUCCAUGGUGAAACACAUUGCUCUGUUGCUCUUCACCAACUGUAUCCUUUACUGCCCGGUGGCUUUCUUAUCCUUCUCCUCUUUGCUGAACCUCACAUUUAUCAGUCCUGAAGUAAUUAAAUUUAUCCUUCUAGUGAUUGUCCCACUUCCUGCCUGUCUCAAUCCCCUUCUUUACAUCCUCUUCAAUCCCCACUUUAAGGAGGAUCUGGGGAGCCUGGAAAAGCAAACCCACCUCUGGACAAGAUCAAAACACCCAAGCUUGAUAUCUGUUAACUCAGAUGAUGUUGAGAAACAGUCCUGUGACUCAACCCAAGCCUUGGUAACCUUCACCAGCGCCAGCAUAGCCUACGACCUGCCUUCCAAUUCUGUGUCAUCGCCAGCUUAUACAGUGACGGAAAGCUGUCAUCUUUCAUCUGUAGCAUUUGUCCCAUGUCUCUAAUUAAUAUGUAAGUAAAAGUUUUUCAAAAGAUGGGAACUUGAAAAUGUGAGAUUGAGGACAUCAGAGCAGUAGCUAAGAAGACUGGGGUGAAACUGGGUUUAAAAACCAAAAAAUAAAAUAAAAUAACCUCUCAGUGUGAUAAAACUGAUACCUAUUGAUACUUGAGAGUGAAAUACAAAUCUAAAUGCUGCUUGUAUGUUGUUGAGCUAAGAGAUAGAUCAGUCACAUUACUGAUAUUGACCCAGAUCAAAAAAUCAAAUUGAAAUGCUCUUUAAUAAAAGAGUCUCCAUGAUUUUGCAUUCUCUUUAAACUCACCAAUAUGAGCUCAGUGGAGAAGACUCACUUGCUUACAAAAUGGGUUUAUUUAAACUCCCAAAUCUCUUAAAAUACGUUUGAAAGUAUUGGGAAAGUGAAGGUUUGAAAUGGCUUACAUUACUUAUAAAAGACUAUGGCCCACAGGAUUUCAUUUUAAUGACUAUAUGGAGAUGCUUUAGUCUGCCUUUGCCUUUCCUCAGAGAAGAUCCUUCUCAGUCACCAGUUCUGGAUAAUAUAAGGCAGUAUUAAGUCAUCUAUAGUCACAUCAUUUUUACAAAUACUGGGUUUUAGGACUCAGCACUCUAUGGUUUUAUGGAAUAAAACUGAUUACAGGGGCUGGGGCUAUAGCUCAGUUGGUAGAGUGAUUGCCUUGCAUGCACAAGGCCCUGGGUUCAAUCCCCAGAAUUAAAAAAAAAAAAAAAAAAGAAAAGAAAAGAAACCCACAACUGAUUAUAAAUAUUUUGAAAGGCAAAUUAACUGAAAUUAUUAAAUUAUUCCAAGGCAAUCAUGUACAGGCAAAGCUGUCUUGUCUAAUUCAUUUUAAGUCCUUGGUGUCCAAAGCUCAGAAAGGAAGUCCAUUGCAGGCAGUGAACAUAUCUAGAAAAGAUAGCAAGCAUGUGGGAUUUUUUUUUUUUUAAUUUCUGAUUGAGUGCACAUUUUUUGUAAAAGACUUUAUCAUUGAUUCAAUGGUUGUGCACCUUAAGAUAACGAUCAAGUGCAUACAUAACAAAAAUUAAGUCCACCCAUAAAACUUCUCAUGCAUGUAUUUCUAGUCCCUCUGGCCACAAUUUGGACAAUGCCUUGGACUCAAUAGAGACUUGGUAAUAUUUUAUCUUGUUUAUUUACCUUGGUUUUAGCUACAUUCUCUCUGGAUCAACCACUUGAUGUGAGGAACAUUACUCCUCUGAUUAUUCCAUAUUAAUACAUGUGUUAGAUAUUAUAAGAGACAAAUUAUUAAAUAUGAAGAGUCAAAGGAUUAAGUCUUAACUUCUAUUAUCCUACAUUAGUUUCAUUAUACCCAAACCAAAAAGCUAUUAGGUAGAUUUAUUUUUAUAUAAGCAUGUUUAUUUUGAUCAGAUGUUUUAACUUGGAAUUUAAAAAAAUACAUUUAUGAGAUGUUUUAUAAGAUGUGUAAAUAUAGAACUGUAUUUAUUACAGUAAAGAAUCAGUGACAUUAAAGACCAUGAUAAUAAACCAUGUACAGUGGCAUAGCCUUCCAUAUAUAUUGUUUCUCUGUCCAUUUUCUUUAAAUUCAUCAACUGUAUGUAAUAUAUGUAAAUAUAUAAUACUUGUAAAUAGAUUCCAAAUUUGCUUUUCUAUUGGAUACAAAAUAAAUUUGUAAUAAAAUGUGUGACUAUAAAACAAAA